GGGCCGCAUUGUUCUCCUAGCGGAGAGCCGGCAGCAGUACCGCUCAGGACUCCAGCGGAGGACCGCAGCAAACAGCGGACUCAGGAGCAUCUGUGGCUGGCGUACAGCGCACCAGAGCAGCCGCGGAGCGUCACGCGGGCUUGGGUAGCCGUAUAUCGGCGUGUAGACUAGGCUAACCCGCGCAGAGCAGCGAUGCUAUGACCGUGUGUUUCCCCCGCGCUGUCUGGAAGGCACGGGGGAAGGCAGGGAGGGACAGCCGGCGAGGGAGACACCGUCACCGGACAAGCUGACUGGCAGUGAGUGUGUGUGCAUUUGAGGGGUGAGCAUGGCUCCUAGGCCAUCUUCGGGUGAGUUAUGGGGGCUUCACCUGAUGCCCCCCCGCAUCCUGGUGGACUGCUGUCUGCCCAACGGCAUGCUGGUCAGUCUAGAGUGUCUGAGGGAGGCUCCACUCAUCAGCGUCAAACAGCAGCUCUUCGCCGAGGCCCGCAAAUACCCCCUCUACCACCUACUGCAGGAGGAGUCAUGCUAUAUCUUUGUGGGCGUGACCCAGGAGGCGGAGAGGGAGGAGUUUUAUGAUGAGACACGGCGGCUGUGUGAUCUCCGACUAUUCCAUCCAAUCCUGAAGGUCAUCGAACCCCUCGGCAACCGCGAGGAAAAAAUCCUGAACCGCGAGAUCGGCUUUGCUAUCGGAAUGCCGAUUUGUGAGUUUGAGCUGGUGAAGGACCCUGAGGUGCAGGACUUCAGGCGGAGCAUCCUGAGUGUGUGUCGAGAGGCGAUGGAGGAACGCGAGGGGGGCGGAGCUCACACACAAGCACUGUACGUAUACCCCCCCAGUGUGGAGUCUUCCCCUCAACUGCCACAACACAUCUACUGCAAACUGGACAAAGGUCGUUUGAUCGUCACUAUCUGGGUGGUGGUCUCUCCCUCGAAUGCGAAGCAGAAGUACACUCUGAAGAUCGCUCACGACUGCCUGCCGGAGCAGCUGAUAGCAGAGGCGAUCCGUAAGAAGACCCGCAGCAUGCAUCUGUCUGCGCAGCAGCUGCGGCUGUGUGUGCAGGAGUACCAGGGCCAGUACAUCCUUAAAGUAUGCGGCUGUGAUGAGUACCUGCUGGAGAAGUACCCCCUCAGCCAGUACAAGUAUAUCCGUAGUUGUAUAACAGUGGGCAAGUUGCCCCACCUGAUGUUGGUCAGUAAGGACAGUUUGUACAGUCAGCUUCCUGCCAGUGGAUUUGUUGCCCCGUCCUACAGCCGACGAACUCCCCAGCCCAGCCCCUGCCCUGGGGGGUCCGACCCCUCACCCCCUCGCUCACUGUGGGCCUUCAACACACUCCUCAGGGUGCGCCUGCUGUGCGCUACUUACGUCAACGUCAACAUUCGAGACAUCGACAAGAUCUACGUAAGGACGGGAAUAUAUCACGGAGGAGAGCCUCUAUGUGAUAAUGUUAACACACAGAGAGUACCCUGCUCCAACCCCAGAUGGAACGAGUGGUUGACGUAUGACAUCUAUCUGACGGAUCUGCCUCGCUCAGCCCGGCUUUGCCUCUCCAUCUGCUCUGUGAAAGGCCGCAAGGGUGCUAAAGAGGAGCACUGUCCGUUGGCCUGGGGGAAUGUAAAUCUGUUUGACUAUAAGGACACGCUGGUCAGUGGUAAGGUGGCUCUGGGUCUGUGGCCGGUUCCACACGGACUAGAGGACCUACUCAACCCCAUCGGGGUGGCGGGAUCCAACCCCAACAAGGAGACGCCGUGUGUGGAGCUGGAGUUCUCCUCCUUUAAUCAGAUGGUGGUCUUUCCAGAUGAACAGCAGAUCGAGGAGCAUGCCAACUGGAUCGUCUCACGAGAGCUGGGCUACAACUACUCUCUUAGUCUGAGUAAUCGUCUGGCGUGUGAUAGCACCAUCUCUCAGGCGGAGCUGGAACAGUUACGUUCACUCUGCAGCAGAGAUCCCCUGUAUGAGCUCUCAGAACAGGAGAAAGACUUUCUGUGGAGACACAGGCAUUACUGUGUGAAUAUUCCUGAGAGUCUUCCUAAACUGCUGCUGGCUGUCAAAUGGAAUUCCAGAGAUGAGGUGUCACAGAUGUAUUGUCUGUUGAGGGACUGGCCCCUGAUGCAGCCUGAGAGCGCUCUGGAGCUGCUGGACUGUAACUUUCCUGAUCCAAUGGUGAGAGAGUUCGCUCUGCGCUGUCUCAUCCAGGGUCUCACAGACGAUAAGAUCAGCCAAUACCUGCUGCAGCUUGUACAGGUUUUGAAGUAUGAGAUGUAUCUGGAUAAUCCUCUUGCUCGAUUCCUGAUAAAGAAAGCGCUGACCAAUCAGAGGAUCGGACACUUCUUCUUCUGGCACCUAAAGUCUGAGAUGCACAAUAAGACGGUGUCGCGCCGUUUCGGGCUGCUGUUGGAGGCGUUCUGCAGGGCUUGUGGAAUGUAUCUGAAACACCUGAACAGGCAGGUGGAGGCCAUGGACAAACUGGUCAACCUUACAGACACUCUGAAGCACGAGAAGAAGGACGAGACGCAGAAGACCCAGAUGAAGUUCCUGGUGGAGCACAUGUCUCGCCCUGAUUAUAUGGAGGCACUGCAGGGAUUUGUCUCUCCUCUAAACCCUGUACACCAACUGGGCAACCUCAGGUUAGAGGAGUGUAGAAUAAUGUCAUCAGCGAAGCGCCCUCUUUGGCUGAACUGGGAGAAUCCCGACAUCAUGAGUGAACUGCUCUUCACCAACAACGAGGUCAUCUUCAAAAACGGAGACGAUCUGAGGCAGGACAUGCUGACGCUGCAGAUUAUUAAGAUCAUGGAGAAUAUCUGGCAGAAUCAGGGACUGGACCUGCGGAUGCUGCCAUACGGGUGUCUCUCUAUCGGCGACUGUGUUGGGCUGAUUGAGGUGGUGAAGAACUCCUACACUAUAAUGCAGAUCCAGUGUAAAGGUGGUCUGAAGGGGGCGCUGCAGUUCAACAGUAACACACUUCACCACUGGAUCAAAGAGAAAAACAAAGGAGAGGGCUAUGAUAAAGCGAUUGAUCUGUUCACUCGCUCCUGUGCUGGUUACUGUGUGGCCACGUUCAUCCUGGGUAUUGGAGACCGACACAACAGCAACAUCAUGGUCAAAGAGAACGGACAGCUGUUCCAUAUAGACUUUGGUCACUUCCUGGACCAUAAGAAGAAGAAGUUUGGGUAUAAACGUGAGCGUGUGCCCUUCGUCCUGACUCAGGACUUCCUCAUCGUCAUCAGUAAAGGCAUGCAGGAGUGCACCAAGACCAAGGAGUUUGAGAGGUUUCAGGAGAUGUGCUACAAGGCCUACCUGGCAAUCCGCCAGCACGCCAGUCUGUUCAUCAACCUGUUCUCACUGCUGCUGGGCUGUGGGAUGCCGGAGCUGCAGAGUUUUGAUGACAUUGCCUACCUGCGUAAAACCCUCGCUCUGGAGAAGAGCCAGCAGGAGGCGCUGGAGUACUUCACCAAACAGAUGAACGACGCCCACCAUGGCGGCUGGACCACCAAGAUGGACUGGAUCUUCCACACUAUCAGGCAUAUGCCUAAUGAGCACUGAUCUACACACACACCCAGAGACUCACAAACACACUCAUACACACUGUUACUUACACACGGACCAAGAUACACACACUGACACUGGAAAGACUGAAAAGACAACCAGUUACUCUCAUUUGCUCAAAGAAAUACACUUAAACACACCUGCAGACACACAGACUUACACUCUGGAAACUGGAAAGCCACUCAUUUAUUCACACAGAACAUUAAUAGAACAGUAAUAGAAUACUCCGUGAUGUACACACACACACAGUAUUUAUUACACACACUGUGAGCGACAGUAUUAUGAUAUUUAGUUGUACCAACCUGAUCUCAUACCAAAUUGUCACUUUACUUAUGUCUUUCCACAGAUCUAGCUGCAGAGCUAACUUCAGUCACUGUUCUCAUGAAAACAAUGGCCAGUAUAUUUUACUUUUUUCAUCCUUUAGGGCUCUUACCAAAAUGAUUUUUACCAAAUAAUUUGUGUCAGUGAAAGAAAUUAAUAUUUAUUAAUAUUAUACUGAAUAUUUAUACAGAACAAAGAGAUUUGUAACUCAAAAUCAGAAUAAUCUACACAAUUAUACAUAUAUGUAUAUCAUAUCUAACCAACAAGUAGCUUAAUGGCUAACCUGCGCACACCCUGUUGAGGCUUGUUAGUGUAUGCAUUUAGGGCUCUUGGUAUUAUCAGCCUUUAGAGCUUAUGGUAAUUCUAUCAGUCUGGGAUUUGGUAGUGCCAGUCUUUUGGGUUUCUUGCAAUGCCAGCCUUUAGGGCUUUUACUCCUGGGAUUGUCAGCCUUUAAGGCUUUUGGUAAUGGCAAGUUUGGUGUUGUACUCUUGGUAGUGUCAGCCUUUAAGACUUUUGGUAUGAAAAUUCCAGCCCUAUAGGGCUUGUAGUAAUGCCAGAAUUUAGGGCUUUUGGUAACGCCAAGUUUGGGGUUUUACUCUUUAAGGCUUUUGGAAAUGCCAGGUUUUGGGUUUUACUCUUGGUAUUGUCACUUUUAAGGCUUUUGGUGAUGGCAAGUUUGGAGCUUUUACCAUUGGUAGUGUCACCUUUAAGGCUUUUGGUAAUGCCAGGUUUUAGGGCUUUUACUUUUGUUAGUGUCAGCCUUUAAGGCUUUUGGUAUGAAAAUUCCAGCCCUAUACUGCUUGUAGUAAUGCCAGAAUUGAUGGUUUUUGGUAACGCUAGCCUUUAGUACUGCUGAGCUUUAGGCUAUUACUCUUGGUAGUGUCAGCCUUUAAGGCUUUUGUUAAUGCCAGCUUUUGGCGCCUUUACUCUCUCUUUUAGGUCUCUUAGUAGCGCUAGUCUAUAAAGCUCUUGGUUGUCCAAAGUUUUAAGGCUCUUAUUCUUGGUAAUGUCAUAUUUUACAGUUCUUUGAAAUGGCAGUAUUUAUGGCUCUUGAUAUUGUCAGAAUUUGGGGCUCUUACUCUGGGUAGGGCCAGCCUUUAAACCUUUUACAUGUGGGUGUCCAUGAUAAACACUGGGAACAGAUAUUUUGUAUGAAAUAUUAUGUAAAGAGUUAAGAGCUUCAAAUGUUGCUGUGCAGUCCUUUUAAAAGAAGAAGUAUUGGAUUGCUCUUAGUAGCGUUUGUUACUGAAAACUUCUGUAUCAGUAUUAUAAAAAAAGUGCCACCGUGUCGCGUGAAAAGUCAAAUAACAGAAAAAACAGCAAAGUGUAUUUUAAAAAAAUGCAUUAAUGUAGCUUUUAGAUAUUUUGGUAUGACUUCGGGUUGGCUUUGCACAAGUACAAGGAGCACAACAAUAAUAAUUUAUUACACACACAACACGAGUAACUAAUGAUGUGUAGCAUUUCUGAGCUGAACUGAUGAACUCUAGCACCACAGAGGAUUCACACUUGUUGCAAAACAACACAGGGAAUGGGAAAUGUAGUCUGAGAGGUUUCUUUCUUGGGAUCAUUAUCGCAGCCUUUGGGCACUUUUACUGUUUUAUAGAAAUUAUUUUCAUAAGCCUGCAAACUUAUGCACAUUUACUAUAUCUACUCUCUCUGUUUAACACACACACACACAUGCACACACUUUCACACACUCAAAAGUGGGUUGUCCACUGCUUCCUGCACUAAUGUAGUUAUAGACAAACACACAUACAAGCACACACAGAGCACUGCACAAGUAUAACUGCACUAAGUAGGGAGGAGUUAGAGGGGUGAUGAUUGUGAAGAGUCCUGAAUCUCACAGUUGAAAUUCAGCCGUUUUACUUCUUUCUGUUUUUGGAUGAUUAUGAUAUGAUAGUGAUGAUUAUGAUGAUAAAGAUGAUGAUGUGGAGUGGGUGGAGGCAGUCCAGUGCUGUUGUUUUCUUCAGGCUGAUUUGAGGUCAGGUUUGCACUCUGGGGAAUAGAGCUGUUCUCAGAUCAGCUAGCACUGGACUUUUACUAGGGCCUGACUGAUACAUACUUUUGCUGAUAAUAUUGUCCGAUUAUUUUUUUUAUUAUUAUUAUUUAUUAUUAUUAACUACAUGCACAAGAAGAAUACCAAAUGCAACAAAUUAAAGCACAACACAAAAACAAAAAAUUAUAUGAAUCUUUUUUUUAUAUAUAUAUAUAUAAUUGUUCCAUAAUUUGUUACUCAAAUACUUACCAUAAUUAACAUGUUGCUUUAAUUUAUUUAAAAAAGUUAUAUAAUGGAUAUAAAUUAGGACAAAUAAUUACUCUUUAAAUUUGACAAUCAUAUUUAACCUAAUGAGUCAUAUGACCAGUAAUGACCCAUAUUUGACCUUAGAAUAAUUUGAUAAUUCUAACUGAUUUUAAAUCAUAUUAUACCACAGUUAGUUCCAACCCUGUAAUGUGGUUGGCUAAGAAGGCCAUCUAUGAGUGCCAUUAUCAGCUGGUAAUGCAUUGUAACCAAAGCUCUCCAUGUAUUACUCGAGGUUUGUGCUAUAACGCGUAACAUUGGCACAGCAUUGCCAAUAUUACGCGUUAUAGCACUUCCUCUCGUGUAUUAUUGCUUAAUUAUUAAAAAAUCUUUGUAGUGAAACAUGACUAAAAUAAAGCAUUACCAAAUUAAAACAAUUACUUCUUAAUAUAAUAUCGUUCUCAGUAUCAGUGAUCUGUAUCGUAUCGGUCAGGCCUUAACUCCACCUGAACUCUCCACUAGAGUUCCUGAUCCUCCUCAGGGUUCCCUAAAGGUGUUUAGGGUUGAGCUUUGGUGGGCACUGCCGUUACAGUGCCAAACUGGAGGACGGGUUACCUCCAGCAUACAUGCCUCACAAUGCACUGCAACUGGAAACAGUAAAACACUUGAGUAGCACGGUGUGUCGCGGUGAAGCCGUGACGGUCUUCCUCAGUACAAAGACCCCGACUGCAGCUGUUUUAGCGUUAGCGUGUCUGUGCUCGUAUUGGGAGCUGUGUUUGUUACAGUUUUUAUUGAGUAGGUUAGAACUUCCAAACCAGCCGACGACGUGCAUCACUGUGAACGCACUCCAACCCAGAACCAGCCAACCGAAAACUAUGCGUUUAAAACAAUCAGUCCUAUUGAUCAAUCAGUCACUGCUUUUCAAUGAAAUUUCACAGUUCAGUCAUUAAUCUUAAGUAAUUAUGAUCUGAGAUUUGCUUUGCUCUAAAAGAGAUAAAAGAAUACUUCAGAAUUCAGAUUCCUCAAAACAGCAACACUGAAAUCAUGAGUUAAACAUUGUAUUAAAAGGUUAGCGUAGCUUUGUGUUGAAUAUAAAAGCCUCAGCAGUUCUUGAAAACUGAGGUUUUGAUUUCUUUGACCAAAUUUGACUUGAAAAGGACUUGAAUUCCAUCCAUUCCUCUAAACUUUUUUUCUGCUUAAUUUACUUCAUUUAACAAAAAGCAUAAUCCAUCCUAGAGUCAUUGUUUUCUAAAGAAACGUUUUUACACCAAAUGGUGAUGAAUACUCUGUAACACUGUUUUUUUCACUGAGUUUUGAGAAGAUUUUGGGCUGAAAACUAGUUUUUUUCACCAUGUAUCAUUGACAUGGUAAAUAAACUUGGGAAGAAGUGCCAGAAAGUGACCACUUUUAAAGACAUUUUAGCUCCCCUGCUUCUAUAUUUUUUUGGUUUAUUUUUUAACAGGGUGUCUUAGGUCUAUAUUGUAUAUACUGUCAAUAAUAUGUAUUUGUGCAGUUUUGUAAAACUACAAAAAUGUUGCAUAAAAUGCAUAAAAAUGCUACUAUUUACAAAGAACAAUUUUUUUUUUAUUUAAUAUAGUGCAUUUAGUUACAAUUGGCAUCUAAAAUCUGUUAAAACAGAUAAUUCAACAAACUGUAUUAUUUUAAGUAUUAGGGUAAACAUGGGUAAAAUCUUGGUGGUCAUGGUAAUAUGGUGAGCAGUUACAAAUCAAGCCCCACUCUGAAUGUCUUCUCAUCUCAAAACAUCAUCGAACAUAAAAUAUGCGAGGACUAGUUUAGAGAUAUGGGUGGAAUUUCUCUUUAAGGCUUCACGUCAGUAUUAAUGACAGAUCCACACGUUUGCAGUGUGUUCUCUGCCUAAUCAAACGGGUUUUAAUCAGAGCGCCAUCUCCACGCAGUCCAGUCUUCAGUUGUAAAUGAGCUUUACGGCCGUGUUUGAGUUCAGCGUUGGGGGAUUGUGUGAGUAUGUGUUGGGGUGGGGGAAGGAGUUUAGCCUUUGUGUUGCUUGUCGUUUUCUUGUUUUGUUUAUUUGUUCGUUUUUUUUAUUAUUAUUAAAUGAGGCGAAACGGUCUCUGUUCAAGGUUGCUGGCUUGGCUGUUCUCAUGUAGUCGUCAUGUUGAGUUGGAAAAAAAGGAAACUGCUCUGAAAAAAAAAAUCUCAUUAAAAGAAAAAAAGAGUAAAAAAAAAGAAAUUGCAUUUGAAUAUUAUAAUAUCGUUUUUAAUCUCAGUGUCUCAGAGAUAUAUUGUUAUUGUUAUUGACAUCAAACAUUGCUAAACAUUAUUCAACUGCAUGAACAGUUUACUGCAAUCUGAAAUAUACAUUAUUGAUCUGUUUAUCAGAAGCACUUUUGCACUAAAAAAAGAAAAGAGUGCUGUUUGUUUGUUUGUGUCUAUGAACGCAGACCAACCUAAAAAAAAAAAAAAAAAAAAAUCAAGCAAUAUGUUACAAUAGAUCAGAAUUAGAGACUCAGACUGGAGCAAAAGUAGACGUGUGUGUGGAUCAGUAGACGUUAGUGGUCAGUAGUUGUUGUGGUGGGGUCGUGUUGGAGAAUCACUGUACUGUAAUUUUGAUAAAAGUUUGUAUUCUUCGGUCAGCUCGGUUCCGGCCCGGGAGUUGAGUCCGGUCUCAGAUCGGACUGUUCUGCUCGUUCGUUAUCUAAUGACGUUUAUAGUGAUGUUUCCAUGAAAUAAAACAUUUCUCAGCCAUGGAACAAA